UUCAUGGGCAACAACACAGUUCUUGAUGUUCUGCGGCGCGAAGGCUAUGAGGUAGAACACGCCCCCGCUGGACGACCCAUCAACAAAGAAAAGACCAGAAACCCGUUGUCACAGCCCGCCCCCUCUGCCGUCUUGGCUCCGGAAGCGCCUGCCCCGGAAGCUCAGGUAUCGGAAGCUGGGUCUGCCGGGCCCCCACUGUUGCCGCUCCACCAGCCUCUGCCCAGAAGUUCCUACCUGCCGGGCGAGGCACGACGAAAGUUCCGGAAGAAGCGGAGGCGGCCGCAGCGGAGGCAGCGGCUCCGGCAGUUCAGCGACCUGUGGGUCCGACUGGAGGAGAGGUUGCCAUGCAGGGAUUGGGCACUUUACACCAGAGCUGAGCUGAAAGGACCAGUGCUGGGAUCCCACAGCUCCAGGUCCCCGUUCUGGACAGGCGCGUCUCCGCCAAGCUGCGGCUCCCUCGCCCUGGGCAGUCUCCCCACAGCCAGGUGGUGGUCAGUAGUGCCUGCCUGUCUGUCUGGACACCUAUGUUAUGGGUGCUGGUGCUGGCUUUCCAAACAGAGACAACCCUCCUGUAAUGACCAGAGAAGCCAAGACCUGACGCCUUGGACUUGAAGGACAGCCAUUUUGUACUCCAUACCCUGCUCCGGCCCUGAUAGGCCCAACCCAGGAGAAGAGACUCAAAAUUAAAAAGCCAGCGUUGAUUCUUCUUUUUCCAAGGAAUGACUGGGUUAUCCAGCAAUGCUUGGGGGAGGUGUAUAGUUUUGUAACGUAAUGAGCUGUAUGAAAAUAAUUAAUUGUAAGAAAAUUAUUAAAUACUUCUUUUGCGUAGAUUUUUUGCCACAGUGUGUAUACCAAGCAAACAGCUCUUUUUGCUCACAUGCUCUGAAUACUAUCCCUGCUGCACUCCUGGCCCCGCUCCUGGGCCUGCCUGCAGCCAUGGACCCUGCCCCUUUCCUCCUUCCUGCUGCUCUUCUCCCCAUCCUCUCCUGGUUCUGGACGCAACAGUCAGUAGGCUGUGGAACUUCUGUUCUGCUCCUGUCUAUUCAAGGUCUCGUGACUAGUGUGGGUCCUGCACUCGGACAAGUGCUUUCAUUAUGUACAGUGUGUGAGGGUGUCUCAUCCACAUGCUGAAGACUGGUGGAUAGGUAGGCUUUGUCAGGGGUGUUGUGCAAGAAAAUGGUUUUCAUCCUCUCCCCCUGUCCCUGUCCUGUGUGUUAC